CGGCCGAGUAAGAGCCCAGAAAACACCCAAAAACCCGUCGGGCCGGAGUGGAAUCGAGACGCCUCACCUCCCUCGCGUUUUCGUCGCUGCGACGAAAGGCGAGCUACUCCCGUUCGCCACCGCUGCCGACGCCCGAAUCCGCCGCCGCGACUCCCGUUCGUCGCCGCUACCGACGCCUAAAUCCGCCGCCGCUGCUGCCGACGCCGUCCCGCAGCAAGCCAGCGACGGUUUUCUCCGGCCCUGCCAGCGACCCACACGGAGCUCGUUCCGCCGACGACCCGGAGAUCCUUGGGCCGCACGAGCUCCUUCCACCGCCUACAGGGAGCUCCUCUCGCCGCCCCUCUUCUCCGGCCAAGCUGAAUUCCUUUUUUCAGUCAAUGCCAAUGGAAACGGUCCAUAGAACCGACCAGGCAGGGAUAUCUGUUCAUCGCGAAGAUGAUGCUAAAGACAAAGAUGCAUCGACAGCCGUGGAAGAUGUUCAGGAUGAUGCUGAAGCCACAGAUGGAUCAACAACAGCUGAAGGGGAAUCUACUUGCCGCGAAGAUAACAGGAAAGACUCCAAGGAUGGCUCGCCCACAGACAUGUAUGAUCCAUGGGACCCUCCCAACCCACCUCCUCAUCCCUCAAUAGAAGCCUUAACGUCCACUGGUGAGUUUAUUACCCAGUAUGAAAGACAAAUUCGGAAAUUCCUUGCUGAACUCAGAGGCACCAGUAUAAUUGUUCCGGACCGCACUCCUAAGGAGACACAGGCAAAAUUUUGUAAGAUAUAUGGCCCUUUGGGGAAGGCCCUCCAAAAAGAUAGUGUUCCGUGCUUCCUUCAGCUCUUUCAAAAGUAUAGAGAGCUCAUGGUUUCUGGUUAUAUCUUCACGCCACAAGCCUUCGACGUGAUAGUUACACACAGUGCCCUGCGUUGUGCGGAGUUAGUUUUGGAGGGCAAGGAGCCGAAGCUCUGUGGUCAGCGCGCCAACCCCAACUACAUUACCUGCUUUGGAUACUUCCCUCUCCACCAAGCUGCUGAGACAUUCUCCACUGACAUGGUUGAGUUACUGUUACGCUAUGGUGCUUUGGCAAAUCUACGAACCACAGGCGAUAGAGUUAUCGAGGGCCUCCUCCCACUCCAUGUUGCCAUUGAGAACACUUGCCAGCAUAAGUAUCUGGAGGACAAUCUUAUAGAUGACCAGAGCUAUGAGAAGGGAAAUACCAAGUACAUCUACAAGCUCAUACAUCUGCUUUGCCUGCCUGAGAUGAAGAUCUUUUUGGACACGACUAGAUUGCUCGCAACUCACACAAAUGAUGUAGUAGAUGUGCUCUGGGAUUACAUCAAGCAUGGGAAGCUUGUCCCUGCAGCUAUUUUGCUCCUAGCUGCUCAGAGGCAUUUCCGUGACCUAAAUGGAUUUGAUACAAUCAAGAAACAGAUCAUCAGUUCUUUGAUUGCCCUACAAAGGGAAUGGUGUGGAUUAGGAAGUGGUAAAAAUACCAAAGCAAAAAAGCAGUGGAAGGAGAAGAAAGUACGUUUUGAUAAUGCAUUGAUGCUUUUGAAGAUAAUUUUUAAAGCUGGUGAAGAUCUUGAUGCAUAUAUUCAAGCUCAUUCAGAGGCAUCUCAUCAGGAGGUCCUUGGAAAAGUGUCAGCAGUUCUCCAAAAUUAUGAUGUUGGUCCUUGUGGAAAAGGAACUUGCAUUGACGACUUCGACUGCUGCCCAUAUGAUUAUGGAGUUCCAGACAGCAUCUCACAUAAACAUGGGGAUGCAGGUUUGUCCAUGGCAGCCAUAGGAUCUCUGGAAGUUGAGGCAAACAAUGUUGUGAUAAAUGAGCCACGCAGAGGACAGAACCUCCCAUAUGCAAGAGAUCAGUUCUUACCUAUAUGGAGAUCGGUAUUAAAAGCUCGGUUUAUUACGAGGGUCUAUCCAUCUUAUAUACCAAAGAAAGAGUUACCGUAUAUUCUUGAUGAUCGCAACCGCGAGCAACCGAACAAUCGGAGAUCUUCUCAAAUUCGUGUUGGCGUGUUGGGCUUGUUGGAGAGAAGCUUUCCAAAAGUAGCAAGUAAUCGCAAAUUAGCAAGUACUCACCAAUCCAGAAGGCUAUUUAGUGCUGCAUCGACUGCACUGAAGAUGCUGAAGCACGCCUGAUGACUAAGCAAAAAAGGCGUCUCAACAAGCAACCACUCUUCCUACACCAUGAGGGUUCUGUGGUUUAUCUGGUUUUCUGGUUGCGCACCACACUGGAUGAGCGCUAUUGUGUAUGCCAUCACACUUGUGUAUUUAGAACAGCCAUAUUUGUAUCUGGCUACCAAUGCACGCUCAGAAGAAUAAAUUGUCAGCGUUAGAACCCGGAGCUAUGAUGGGAGUCCAGGCCAGGAGUGGUCGAGGGGUAGGGAAAAAGCUGGAAAAGUUUCUGGCGUGAAGGGAAGAAAGAAAAACUUGAACUUACGCACCUG